AUGCCCAGCUCGGGAAAGUUGAAGACGCGGAAGCGGCGGGCCGAUGCGGUGAAGCCGGCCGCCGAGCUAGAAGCCGGGGAUGACGACCCGAAUGCAGUGAUGCUAGGCCCGAAAAAGAAGAAGGUUAAAAAGGCGGCCGACGAGAAGCAGACCAAGUACAACCUGAAGCGUCGCGCGAUGAAGGAGCGCAAAGAGGCCAAGCUCACCAAAAAGGCGCGCAAGCAGCUGGCCGCCGUGGCCAAGCGGAAAGAGGAUCGACAAACGAGAGACGAACUGCUCGAGGAGCUCUACAAGGUACAGCUGGACCCCUCGGAAUCGGCAAAACUCGCCUCGGUGACGCAGUUGAGGAGGAAAAAGCACGGGAAAACGAUCCCGGAAAAAGAAAGCUUCGUGAUCAGCGACGAGAAGGACGUGGGCGAGCUGCGAGUGGUGAAGCAAAAGAUCCGCGUCGCCGAGACGAUCCACAACCGAGCACGAGUGCAGGAGGGCUACUACUCCACGGGCAGCGAGGAGGAAGAUGAGGAUGAGGAAGAAGAGGCGGAGGCGGAGAAAGACGAAAAAAUGGACGAUCGAGAAGUCCAGGCCACGAAUCCGGAAGUUGUGAAAGCUCCGGAAACGCCGGUUGAAGCUGCCAAAGUCGAAGAAACGAAACCCCAGCUGCCGCUCAAGCAAUCCCGCGAGGUCGACGACGAUUUGCCGGCCAUCAGCUCGAGCGCCACCAAUUCGAAGGCUCCAACUGGGCUGAAACCGAUCGUUGUCGAGACGCGCGACCCCGAAAUCGAGGUCCAGCGCCAAAAGCUGCCCAUCUACAAGGAGGAGCAGCCGAUCGUUGAGGCGAUCCACGAGAAUUUGGUGACGGUGGUGAACGGCGAGACGGGCUCCGGAAAAACUACGCAAAUUCCACAGUUCCUCUACGAGGCCGGCUACACGGCGCUGGGAAUGAUUGGCAUCACCGAGCCGCGUCGUGUGGCCGCCGUCAGCAUGGCGAAGCGCGUCGGCGUCGAGCUGGGCCAGCCGGACAUUGUCUCCUACCAGAUCCGCUUCGAGGGCACGCGGACCGACGAGACGAAGAUACUGUUCAUGACCGACGGUGUGCUGAUGAAGGAGAUGCAGACGGACGUCAUGCUGAAAAAGUACUCGGUGCUGAUCAUUGACGAGGCCCACGAGCGCUCGAUGUACAGCGACGUGCUGAUCGGCAUGCUCAGCCGCAUCGUUUGCCUCAGAGCCGACACGAACCCGCUGAAGCUGAUCAUCAUGAGCGCCACGCUGCGCACCGCCGAUUUCACGCACAAAAAACUUUUCCCAGCGCUCGACCCAAGGAUUCUGAGCGUCGAAUCGCGCCAAUUCCCGGUGACGCUCCAUUUUGAGAAGCGCACGCCUGCCGACUUCCUGAAAGCCGCUUUUAAUAAGGCGUGCCGCAUCCACGAGGAGCUGCCGGCGGGCGCGAUGCUGAUCUUCGUCCCCGGGCAGGCCGACGUCAAGCAGCUCAUUAAGAAGCUGACCGCAAGAUACCCGGUGGUCUACGAGACGAGCAAGGACGGGCAGAAGCUGAUCCGCGGCUCGAAGCAGUGGAAGGAGGCUCGCGAACGGGAGCUGAAGAACAUGAAGCUCGAGGACUUCAAGGAGAACUCGCUGGCGCCGCCGCCGGCAAAUUGCGAGCCGCUCUACUGCCUGCCGCUGUACUCGCUGCUGUCGAGCGAGAAGCAGCGCCGCGUUUUCCAGGACUCGCCGCCCGGAACAAGGCUGUGCGUAGUCGCGACCAACGUCGCGGAGACGUCCAUCACCAUUCCCGGGGUGCGCUACGUGGUCGACUCCGGCUUCGAGAAACAGCGCCGAUACGACCCGGUGACUGGCGUCUCGCAGUUCGUGCUCGCCCGCUGCAGCCAAGCCUCGGCCGAUCAGAGAUCCGGACGUGCCGGCCGUGUCUCCGCCGGCCAUGCUUAUCGGCUCUACUCCUCACAGGUCUACCAGGAUUGUCAAAAGUUCUCGCGGCCCGAGAUCCUCGACAAGCCGGCCGACCAGCUGGUGCUGCACCUGAAGAGCAUGAACAUUGUCAAGGUUGUCAACUUCCCGUUCCCAUCUACGCCGGACGAGGACGCGCUGAUCGCCGCCGAGGAGCGGCUCAUCAAGAUGGAGGCGCUGUCGGUGGGCACGCGAAAUGAGAAGACUGAAGCCCGGAUCACGGCGCUCGGGAAAUCAUUGGCCGUCUUCCCACUCGCCCCAGCGUAUGCAAAGGUCGUCGCCAUGGCCAACCAGCACGGGCUGAUGCCGUACGCGAUUGCGCUCAUCGCCGCGCUCUCAGUCCGAGAGCCGAUGGUGAACGUGGCCACCCUGCGCGGAUCCACGGAGGCUGAGACGAAGCAGCACAUGGUGAAUAUACUCAAGCUGCGCCGGAGUUGGCUCGGCAAAAACGCGCCGCGCCGCCUCGGCGACCUGGGCGUGCUGCUGAGGGCGGUCAGCGCCAGCGAGAAGUGCGAGAUGAUCCCUGAUGAAUGCGACAUGAUGGGAAUGCGGUACAAGGCGAUGCUCGAGACAAGUGAUGGUCGCUCUCCCGGGCCUGACCGGAUCGCCAAGCGCGUCGACCAGACGACCGCCGAAGAGGUCCCAAAGGGCGCCUAUCAAUGCCAGAGUAUCAAGGAGUACGUCUUCAUCGACCAAACGUCGAUGCACUUCAUGGAGGAGCCCGACUACGUGCUAUACCAGGAGAUUACGCAGAACGUGAUGAGCGUCGACGAGGAGUGGCUGUACAAGCUGGCCGAGAACUACUGCACGCCUAGCGCGCCGCCGGCGGACAACAAGGGCGUCAGCUACAACCCGAAGAAAGACGCGCUGACCUGCUCGGUGUCGGUGGCGUUUGGGCCGUGCGCCUGGGAUCUGGGCACCACCGAGCGCCCGUUACCGCACAACAUCAACACGUACCGGCUGUUCGCGCAGUGCUUGUUGGCGGGCCAGGUAAUCCCCGCCCUUGCCGAGUGGACCCCGAAGCUGUUGGCGCCGCCGACGACGAUGACCCGGGAGUGGGCGAAGCUGCAGCCGCGGACUGAGGCCGUGCUGAAUGCGCUUAUACGAAAAGAGACACUAUCCCGCGCCGCGCUCAACGCCGUCUGGACAAAGGAGCCCGAAUUCUUGCUGGACGAGGUGCAGGCGUGGCUCCCGCAGACGCUGCACACCAAGUUCCAGGCCGCCUGGCCGCCCGUCGACGCGAAGGAGGCCGGCAGAAAG